AGCAAAAUCAAAACCAAAACAUAUACACACACAUACAUCUAAACUGACGACAUUUCUUUAACAAAAUUGAGCGCAAAGUGUGAAACAAAUUGUAGCAUCAAACGGCAAAUUUAGCUCGCGUAUUAAUAGUUUAAGCCAAAAAUACAAAAGAUUCUGUGUAAGUUCAAAGGUGGCGGCAAGGCGAACGAGGAGCUAAGGCCAAGCAGCAUGCAGAAGAGCGCCAAAGACAGAGAAAUUGAGACGCAGCAACAUCAAAAACAAUGCGAUGGCUUUCUUGGCAAUUUUCUAUCAAAGGGACUGAAAACCAAUCAGUUGGUUGUUAAUACGGAUGAGAAAACAUUGAGACCAAUUGCACGAUUAAAAGAGCCACGCGAUCUUUUCGCCCUGCCUAAAGACAAGGACAAUGACUGCUCACAGCAGGCCCCCCGAUGGCCCGUCGAAUGUCAGGUCAUUGAGGAGCGCAUCAUACACAUUCCUUAUGUACCGGCUCAGCCCGAGCCGCUCAAUGUGCCCACGGGCAACGAGCUGAAGCCGCGUCCAGUUGGCGAAGAGAAUGGCAUUGUUGUAUUCAACUAUUGUCCUAUAAGUGCUGUCAACUAUGGCAGCCAAACUGGGCGUUGUGCCAAGACAGAGGACAAGUCCAGCGAUGAUUCGGACGACUCCUCGGACUCGAGAAACGAUUGCACGCCCAAUUGUCGUCGCAUGCCGGCGGGCAAAAGUCAGCUGAACAGCAUCUCAAAGAUAUUGAAUAGCGUCGAAAAUCGCUCGACAAGCAAUUCGCAGGAUGAUGACGAUGACGAUGAUGAUGAGACAAGUGGCGAGACGACACAAGAGGCGCGCGACAAAAUUGCCAUACAGAAUCUCAUUGAGGCGAAGAAGAAACGAUACGAGAUUGUUACGCCGACGCCAGCAGCUGGAGCAGCAGCAGGUGGCAGCAGCAGCAGCAAGCCGGAGAGCAAGCAAACUAGCCAGGACAAUAGCGAAAUUGAUGACAUAUGGAAAAAUAAUAGCACCGAAUACAAGCCCGCCUCACCGCACUAUGUGCUCAGUCAGUUUGGCAAGAAGGUAUCGAAGGCCAUCAUUGAGAAGAUUGUGGAUCACAGCGAGAAGCCGUCAACAGCCGCUGGCUCCGGCGUUAGCAAGGUACACAACAAAUACGCCGUAACCCCUUUCAAGCUGCCCAAAACGAAUAUAACACGCUUGGAGGUCGCCUUUCAGAAUAGUGCACGCCAAUGCUUUGAUAAGGUGGCGCAAAUGCGCAAGAAAAAUAUUGCCAUGGGUGAACCGGAAGAAGAUUUGUUUAGCAGUGGUGAUGAUUGCAGCACGGAUAAUCCAGAGGCAGCCCUAACAACUAACAAUUUAGCGGGCCAGAGUAGUGCUGCAGCUGGUCGUUUAACCGGCGGUGCUGAUAAGCGUCCAUGUAGCGGCUCUAGUUCCGUAUCAGAUACGGAGACGUUAGUGGGCGAAGAGAGUCUUAUGAGGCUGGCAAGUAAGCCUGCAGCUCAUGCGGAUGACAUGCAAUCCCCGCUGAGCACACGCGUCAUGAGCAUGGCAGCAGCUGUUGCCGCUGUGGCACGUGGACGUCGUCGUUUUGAUCCCACGCAUUGUGAUGAUUUUGAGGUUGAGUCAAAUUCAAGCAGCUUCAAUACAAAUACUAAUACAACAACAACAACAACAACAAGCACUAGCACUUAUACCAGCAGCUCGUUUGAGUUAGGCAGCGAUAAGCUAAAUACUGAAUUUAAUUUUAAUGACAGCAAUUAUAAAAGUCCAAAUACUUCUUAUGAAAUUCCACAAAUGCAGUUCAGUCGCUCCGCAGUGGGCGGCGCCAAGUUCAUAUCCAACUGCCAUCCGCUGAACAAUGAGGAAUACGAUAGCCUGGAGUUUGAGUCACGCUUCGAGUCCGGCAAUCUGGCGAAGGCGGUGCAAAUAACGCCCACCUAUUAUGAGCUAUAUUUACGUCCUGAUCUCUAUACGAGCCGCUCCAAGCAGUGGUUCUAUUUUCGUGUGCGCCGCACCAGACGUAAUAUGCUCUAUCGCUUCUCCAUUGUGAAUCUGGUCAAGUCGGACAGUCUUUAUAACGAUGGCAUGCGACCUGUGAUGUACUCCAACCAGGCGGCCAAGGUUAAAAACGAGGGCUGGCGUCGUUGUGGCAACAACAUUUGCUACUAUCGCAAUGAUGAUGAAAGCAACAGUAAUGCCAACAAUGAGGAAGAUGAGGAUAACUCCAGCUAUACGCUAACAUUUACCAUCGAAUUUGACUACGACGAUGAUACGGUGUUCUUUGCCCACAGCUAUCCAUAUACCUAUAGCGACUUACAGGACUAUUUAAUGGAAAUCCAACGUCAUCCUGUCAAAUCGAAGUUUUGCAAAUUACGUCUGCUCUGUCGCACGCUGGCCGGCAAUAAUGUUUAUUAUUUAACAGUCACUGCUCCAUCCAGCAAUGAGGAAAACAUGCGCCGCAAGAAAUCAAUUGUUGUAUCGGCACGCGUCCAUCCAAGCGAAACGCCCGCUUCAUGGAUGAUGAAAGGUCUUAUGGACUUCAUAACGGGUGAUACAACAGUGGCUAAGCGUUUGCGUCACAAGUUUAUAUUUAAACUGGUGCCGAUGCUAAAUCCAGAUGGUGUUAUUGUUGGCAAUACGCGUAAUUCGUUAACUGGCAAGGAUUUGAAUCGACAAUAUCGCACAGUUAUACGCGAAACAUAUCCAUCCAUUUGGUAUACAAAAGCCAUGAUUAGAAGACUGAUUGAGGAAUGCGGCGUAGCCAUGUACUGUGAUAUGCACGCACAUUCACGCAAGCACAACAUAUUUAUAUAUGGCUGUGAGAACAAGCGCAAUCCGGAGAAGAAGCUCACCGAGCAGGUCUUUCCAUUGAUGCUGCACAAGAAUAGCGCCGAUCGGUUUUCAUUUGAAAGCUGUAAAUUUAAAAUACAGCGCAGCAAGGAGGGCACUGGACGCAUUGUUGUUUGGAUGCUGGGCAUAACAAAUAGCUAUACGAUUGAAGCAUCCUUUGGCGGCUCCUCAUUGGGCUCACGCAAGGGCACGCACUUUAAUACACAGGAUUAUGAGCACAUGGGCCGCGCAUUUUGUGAGACUUUAUUGGACUAUUGUGAUGAGAAUCCGAACAAAGUAAAGCGACAUGCUAAAUUAUUUAAGCAAAUCAAAAAGAUAAGAAAACGCGAGAAACGCGAACAGAAAGCAUUAAAAUUACAAAAAAUGGCCGAUCAGGGAUGUAUCAUAAGCGACAAGUUAAAAAUUUUAAAUUUACUCAAACAACAGGAAAGACUACGCUCCAAAAUUAUCGAAAGACUGAUGCGCGAAGGCUCUAGCGCUGAUGAACCAUUAAAUAUACCUCUAUCUGAUUAUUCGAGCGAUGAGGGCAACUGCAGCUCGAGCUCUGAUAACGAGGGCAAGCACUCUAUAACGGCCUCAGACCUUGAAGGUCCUUGCUGUGCGCCCACACGAGCGCCACCCAGUUCACCCGAGGUCUUGCACGAGAUACGCAAGUUCCGUGUUCGCCGCAUGCACAAAGUCAUGCAUGUCCUGGAUCAAAUCUACUUCUCACCCGUGCUACAGCGCAAGUUCAAAGCCUUGGCGCGCUUGAAGCGCCGUCGCCAUAAAGUGAGCAACAAGCCGAACAAUGCCAAGCGUGCCACAGGUGGUAGUGCAAGUGGUGGUGGCAGCAGCAGCUCCCCCAAUGGCAGUGCCAAUGUUAAUCUAACUGCCAGCGAGGCACGUGUGCGCUCACAGAUAACGAUACGGACAUCCCAACAGCCGCAACCGCCCGUGGAAUCCGAAAGUUCCGAAAGUCUGGGCUCACAGUCCUCAGAACAGUCCGAUGAGCUGGGCGAAUCCAAGCCAGCUGCUAUGGUCAAGCAGCAAUCCAGUGGCAGCUCACGCAAGCGUGGCAAACAGAAGCGAAAAGUCAUGCCGAUUGAGAAGAAGAAUCGCAAUAUUAAUCGCAAGAUGCGUGUUGAUCGCAAUUUACGUCUCUGGCUGGCCAAUCGACGUAUUUUCAUAUUCAGACGCAAGAAGAAUUUUCCAUCCGUACAGAAUCGUCGUCCGCGUGUGCGCAGCAAGCCGCAGAAGAAACGCAACGAAGUGGCGCGCACCACACUCGAUUUGCCCACCACAGAUCCGGGCUCUGACUUGCAUUUCUCAACGGAUGAUGAGGAGCAUGCGCCCACUGGGAAUACGCAGGGCUUUGGUGCCGUCGCACCGUUGCGCCACACGCUGUUGCAAAGUGAACUGCAGCGUCGCUAUAUUGAGGAAAUUGGGGAUAUGGUGGUGCAGAAGCCGAAGCCGGCACAUAUGCCGCCCGAGUUGAUUGUGACCACGCCCUCGAAGAGCUGCGGACCGGGUGGGAUAAAGAAGUACGAGGUGUACAAGUUGACGCCACGCACAGCGCCGGAGCAAGUGGUGGGUCAGCUGCAGGGACAGACGAAUGUGAACAGUGCCAGACGCACUUACUCCUGGCACAAUCUCAAUCAGGAAAGCAAGGCCAACUUCUUUGUGCAUGAGCCCAAGCCGGUAAAGCUACAUAAGCCGCCAUCAAGACGCAACGUGCCCAGCAAUUUCAUACCCUUGGCACAGCAGCGUGCUCAAAGCAAUCCCGGCAAUGCCGAAGAUCUGCAGCUGAAGCUGUCGCUAAAGAAGAAAAUCUGGACGGGCGCUCAUGGCGAUGCCGAUGGACGGCCCUUGGCCUGGUGCAAGGCACCACCUGGUCAAGCCCAUGGACAGAUGGCAAAUGUAAUGGCCACAGCAGCCGCCGCUGCUGCCAUACGCAGCGCUGGAGGCGCUCAAACGCGCAACAUAUUCAACAUGAGCAGCAACAAGGAUGCCGGUUCCAUGGGCAUGCCGACCGCCCUGCCCGCUGCCUACAUGUCAGCCCCACGCAAGCCACGCAAACUGGAUCAAAUGGAUCUAUUCAACGCCUGCUCGCAGAAGCUGUUGAUGUGGCAACAGGAGCACAAGAAGAUGCCACCAAAUCAUGCACGUCUGCUGGCCGGCAACAGUGGCAAGCUGGAUGACCAGCAGCAGCUGUUUUUGCGCGGCGGUAAGCCGCUUACCAGCAAAAAGAACAGCAGCAAGCAGUCGGGAGGAGGAGGCGGCGGCAUGGGCAGUGCCGAAAUAUUGCAGCUACAGAUGGCCGCAUCGACAGGCAAGACCAAACGCAAGAGCAGCAGCAUGAUGAAAAUAGCCGAGACUACGCAACUGGUAACCAGAUUUACACGCACACGCGCCAAUGCCGGCGCAGGCGGUGGCAGUGCUGCUCAGUCAAGCUCAACAGCGCAGCAGCAACAGCAACUGACACAAAUGCAGCGACUGUUGUUCAAGAAUCAAAUGGAUAAUAGUGCCUGUGGCACGGCUGGUGUUGGCGGCAUGCGUGUGCCUAGCAAGUUCCGAACGGGCGGACUGGUGGUCACGGCAGUUCAGCAAACGAAUGCCCAAGCGGGCGGCAGCAGCUCGCGGCGUAUGCGUCAUGCGGCUGGAUUGCAUGUGAAGGGCGGCGUCGGCAGUCAGGGCACCAUGGUGGGUGCCACUAGCAUGUUGGCCUAUCGCAAUAAUAGUCUGGUGCAGGCCAACAAAUCGGCAGCUGGCAUAUCGCUGGACACGGUUAGUUUGGUGCGCAAGGUGAAGACCAAGUUGAAGAAGCGCAAGUCGCGUUCGAUGGCCAGCGCUGCUGCUGCGGCCGCUUCGGCAUCGGCCAAGUGAAAAAUCAUUCCGUUCAUAGAUCCCUCCCUCUGUUUCAGCGUCGCCUCCGUUAGCCACAAGCAAUAGCAAAUAUUUUUGUGUGAAUUUCCCUGUUUUCUUGUUUAUGCAUUUUGUUUACUCUUCCCCCCUCUCACUCUAUCUUCCUCUUUCUAUAUCUGUUUUAAACUAAAUUUUAGUGCAGUGAUGUUGCAAAAUGAAUGCAGACGCACAAUUAGUUUAGCAAAAUUAUUGGUGUUCUGAACCCCCUUCCUACGAACUCUUCAACCCUUUGGUGUGGAGCGCGGCGGGGGGCUUACUCCCAAGUGUAGGCAUUGUGUAUACCGACUGUACAUAAAAAAGUAGUAAAAAGAAUGUGUUGCAUGUUCAAUUAUGAAAGUACAUAUGAUCGAACAAAUAAAUCAACAUUAUGUACAUA